AUGGCCUUGGUGUUUGUGGGCAGGCAGCCCGUGGGGGCCCGGCCUCGGGCAGGCCUGUGCCAGGGCCAGCCCGCUCGGACAGACUCGGGUGACGUGUGCAACAGCACCGACCUGCCGGAAGUCGAGAUCAUCAGCCUGCUGGAGGAGCAGCUGCCCCACUACAAGCUGAGGGCCGACACCAUCUACGGCUAUGACCACGACGACUGGCUCCACACCCCCCUCCUCUCCCCAGACGCCAACAUUGACCUCACCACCGAGCAAAUCGAGGAGACGCUGAAGUACUUCCUUUUAUGUGCUGAAAGAGUUGGCCAGAUGACUAAGACAUACAAUGACAUUGACGCUGUCACUCGGCUUCUUGAGGAGAAAGAGCGGGAUUUAGAAUUGGCUGCUCGGAUUGGCCAGUCGUUGUUGAAGAAGAACAAGACCCUCACCGAGAGGAACGAGCUGCUGGAGGAGCAGGUGGAGCACAUCCGGGAGGAGGUGUCUCAGCUCCGGCAUGAGCUGUCCAUGAAGGAUGAGCUGCUCCAGUUCUACACCAGUGCCGCGGAGGAGAGCGAGCCCGAGUCUGUGUGCUCCACCCCGUUGAAGAGGAAUGAAUCGUCGUCCUCCGUCCAGAAUUACUUCCAUCUGGAUUCUCUGCAGAAGAAGCUGAAGGACCUGGAGGAGGAGAACGUUGUACUGCGAUCCGAGGCCUGCCAGCUGAAGACAGAGACCAUCACCUACGAAGAGAAGGAGCAGCAGCUGGUCAACGACUGCGUGAAGGAGCUGAGGGACGCCAACGUACAGAUCGCCAGCAUCUCGGAGGAGCUGGCCAAGAAGACGGAAGACGCUGCCCGCCAGCAGGAGGAGAUCACGCACCUGCUGUCCCAGAUCGUCGACCUGCAGAAGAAGGCCAAAGCGUGCGCGGUGGAGAAUGAAGAACUCGUGCAGCACCUGGGGGCCGCGAAGGAUGCCCAGCGGCAGCUCACGGCCGAGCUGCGCGAGCUGGAGGACAAGUACGCCGAGUGCAUGGAGAUGCUCCAUGAGGCACAGGAGGAGCUCAAGAACCUCCGGAACAAGACGGUGCCCAACACCACGUCCCGCCGCUACCACUCGCUGGGCCUGUUUCCCAUGGACUCCCUGGCAGCCGAGAUCGAGGGGACGAUGCGGAAGGAGCUGCAGCUGGAAGAGCCCGAGUCACCGGACAUCGCUCACCAGAAGCGCGUCUUCGAGACCGUGAGGAACAUCAACCAGGUGGUGAAGCAGAGGUCUCUGACGCCCUCCCCCAUGAACAUCCCCGGCUCCAACCAGUCCUCGGCCAUGAACUCCCUCCUGUCCAGCUGCGUCAGCACCCCCCGGUCCAGCUUCUACGGCAGCGACGUGGGCAACGUCGUCCUGGACAACAAGACCAACAGCAUCAUCCUGGAGGCGGAGGCGGCCGGCCUGGGAAACAACGAGCAGAGCAAGAAGCCGGGGACGCCGGGCACGCCGGGCUCCCACGACCUGGAGACGGCGCUGCGGCGGCUGUCCCUGCGCCGGGAGAACUACCUGUCGGAGAGGAGGUUCUUCGAGGAGGAGCAGGAGAGGAAGCUGCGGGAGCUGGCGGAGAAGGGCGAGCUGCUCAGCGGCUCCCUCACGCCCACCGAGAGCAUCAUGUCGCUGGGCACGCACUCCCGCUUCUCCGAGUUCACCGGCUUCUCGGGCAUGUCCUUCAGCAGCCGCUCCUACCUGCCCGAGAAGCUCCAGAUCGUCAAGCCGCUGGAAGGUUCGGCCACCCUCCACCACUGGCAGCAGUUGGCCCAGCCUCACCUCGGGGGCAUCCUGGACCCCCGGCCCGGGGUGGUCACCAAGGGCUUCCGGACGCUGGACGUAGACGUGGACGAAGUGUACUGCCUUAACGACUUUGAAGAAGAUGACACAGGUGACCACAUUUACCCCCCGGGCCUAGCUACCUCCACGCCAGCACAGCACCCAGAGACCUCAGCGCACCACCCUGGGAAGUGCAUGUCACAGACCAACUCCACCUUCACCGUCACCACCUGCCGCAUCCUGCACCCUUCCGACGAGCUCACGAGAGUCACGCCAAGCCUUAACUCGGCCCCGACUCCAGCUUCUGGCAGCGCCAGCCACCUGACGUCCACGCCCGUGGCCACUCCGUGCACGCCCCGGAGGCUGAGCCUGGCCGAGUCCUUCACCAACACCCGCGAGUCCACGACCACCAUGAGCACGUCGCUGGGGCUGGUGUGGCUGCUGAAGGAGCGGGGCAUCUCGGCGGCCGUGUACGACCCCCAGAGCUGGGACCGGGCCGGCCGGGGCGGCGCCCUCCUGCACGCCUAUGCCCCCAGGAUGGCCGCCAUCCCCUCCACCCCGCCCAACUCGCCCAUGCAGACGCCCACGUCCUCCCCGCCCUCCUUUGAGUUCAAGUGCACGAGCCCGCCCUACGACAACUUCCUGGCGUCCAAGCCGGCCAGCUCCAUCCUGAGGGAGGUGAGAGGGAAGAAGCCCGUCCGGAGCAGCGAGAGCCAGACGGACGUGUCGGUCUCCAACCUCAACCUCGUGGACAAAGUCAGGAGGUUCGGCGUGGCCAAGGUGGUGACCUCGGGGCGAGCCCCCAUCCCCAUCUUGACUGAGGACCAGGGGCCUCUCCUCUGUGGGGCCCCGGGCCCCGCGCAGGCCCUUGUCCCCGGAGGCCUGGCACCCGAGGGCCUGCCUCUCGGAUGCGCCGCCGUCACCAGCGCCAUCGGCGGGCUGCAGCUCAGCAGCGGCAUCCGGCGGAACCGCAGCUUCCCCACCAUGGUGGGCUCCAGCAUGCAGAUGAAGGCCCCCGGCACACUCACCUCGGGCAUCUUGAUGGGUGCUAAGCUCCCCAAGCAAAACAGCUUGCGGUGA